AUGCGUUUCUCUGCCCUCCUCGUCACUCUCGGCCUCACCGGUGCCCUGGCCACGCCCACUCUGGUCUCUCGUCAGGGAGGUGCCGUCGGUGUCAUCUCCGACAUCCAGGCCCAGACCUCUGCUCUGGCCUCCGCCGUCUCCUCCUACAACGGUGGUGACCCCUCCGCCGUCAAGUCCGCCUCUGAGAAGCUCGUCAGCACCAUCAACUCCGGUGUCGACACCGUCAAGAACGGCGCUGCCCUCAGCACCGGCGAUGCUCUGGCUCUGACCUCCCCCGUCCAGGACCUGACCAAGCAGGUCGAGGGCGUCGUCAGCGACCUCAUCUCCAAGAAGGACCAGUUCGUCGCCGCCAACGCCGGUGGCACCGUCUACCAGGACCUCCAGGCCCAGUACACCGCCGCCGACAACCUGGCCAAGGCCAUCUCUGCCAAGGUCCCCGAGUCUCUCUCCGACAUCGCCGCUCAGCUCUCCGCUGGCAUCACCGCCGCCAUCCAGAAGGGUAUCGACGCCUACAAGGACGCCGCCAGCUCCACCGGCACUGCUUCCUCUUCUGCCUCUGCCACUGAGACCAAGACCGCCACCGAGACCUCCACUGCCACCGGCACCGUCACCAAGACGGCCACUUCCACCGCCGUCAUCCCCACCGGUACCGCCUCCGGCAGCGCCUCCGCUACCCCCUCCACCAGCGCUACCCCCACCAAGGGCGGCUCCGGCUCCAGCACUGGCUCUGCCACUGCCUCCACCAGCACCAACCUCCUCGCCACUGGCGCCGCCAGCAAGGAGCACUUCAGCUACUCUCUCGGCGGUGCCGUCGUCGCUGCCGCCAUCGCCGUCGCUUUCUAA